AUGGCGAGCGGUCAACGAAGUAUUUCCUUUAAUGUUAGCCAUCAUUAUCAGAUCCUAGACAUUGUAGGCGAAGGAGCCUAUGGAGUUGUGUGUUCGGCUAUACAUCUGCCUUCACAACAAAAGGUUGCCAUCAAAAAGAUUGUCCCGUUUUCGAAACCUAUGUUCUGCUUACGCACUUUGAGAGAACUCAAGCUGCUGAAGCAUUUCAACCACGAGAACAUCAUCAGUAUCCUGGACAUCCAAGUUCCAUACGAUUUUUCAUCCUUCCAUGAAGUUUACCUUAUUCAAGAGCUUAUGGAGACAGACUUGCAUCGAGUGAUUCGUACUCAACAACUAAGUGAUGACCACUGUCAAUACUUUGUUUACCAGACUUUGAGAGCAUUGAAGGCUUUACAUUCCGCCAAUGUUUUGCAUCGAGAUCUGAAGCCUUCUAAUCUACUUUUGAACGCUAAUUGCGAUCUGAAAGUUUGUGAUUUUGGUUUAGCCCGCUCUGUGGCGAAAACAGAAGACAAUUACGGUUUCAUGACCGAAUACGUGGCGACACGAUGGUAUCGUGCUCCAGAAAUCAUGUUGACUUUUCAAGAGUACACCGCUGCUAUCGAUGUUUGGUCAGUAGGAUGCAUCUUGGCUGAGAUGUUGAGCGGCACUCCAUUGUUUCCCGGGAAAGAUUAUCACCAUCAACUCUCGUUGAUCUUUGACGUGCUGGGCACGCCUGGAAAAGAAGAUCUUGCUGCCAUCAAGUCUCCUCGGCCGAGAGAGUAUGUCGGAUCAAUGACACCACGACCAGGUGUAGAUUUCAAAACAUUAUUUCCUGGCGCUAAUCCUUUAGGUUUGGACCUUUUAAGUCGACUAUUGACGUUUUCCCCAGCUAGGCGAAUCUGCGUUGAUGAUGCCCUCAGGCAUCCCUAUUUGCAGCUCUACCACGAUCCUAACGACGAACCUGUUGCUGCUCCAUUAGAAGACGACUUUUUUGAUUUUGACCGACGGAAGGAGGAACUAACCAUGUUAGACCUGAAGGAGCUGUUGUACGAAGAAAUCAUAAAACCUUUACAGUAA